GUUUCUUUGAACAAUUAAAUAAUCCUUACAGUGGUCGUGAUCUAAUUACGAAUAUGCGUUCAAUCCUCACUGACGAUGAGAUUGAACCCUAUGUUCGAAAACAAAGAUCCGAUAGCGAACCUCGACGUAGACUAUUGGCGCUAAAUGAAGAGGAGCAAAACAUUAUGCGGACAUCAAUUAAUUCACGAGAGCGAAAACGGAUGCACGACUUGAACGAAGCUUUGGAAGAGUUGCGUAGUUGUUUGCCAUAUUCUCAGGAUGCAUCGUCUAGAAAAAUGAGCAAAAUUAACACUUUGCUACUCGCUAGCAACUGGAUCCGCCAAUUGACAAUUCGAAAUCAUGAGCUGCAGAAACAACUAUCGGCUCUUCGAGGUGGAGAGCAAGUCAUCACACCAAUCCCAUCUUCAGCUACUUUUACCAUCACUCCUCCCCCGUUAGCAUUUGGCAUCGGUCCAACCCCAUGUGUGAAAGCAUUCGGUCAGAAUUGUUUUUGUAUCACAUGUUUAACUGGUGCUAGGCAUGAGAUUCGCCAGUUGACAAUUCGAAAUCACGAGCUGCAGAAGCAAUUGUCGGCUCUACGAGGUGGGGAGCAAGUCAUCACACCAAUUCCAUCCUCAGCUACUUUUACCAUCACUCCUCCCCCUUUAGCAUUUGGCAUUGGUCCAACUCCUUGUGUGAAAGCAUUCGGUCAAAAUUGUUUUUGUAUCACAUGUUUAACUGGUGCUAGGCAUGAGUAAUU